GCUAUUUCUCACUACGGGCGAUUGUAAGCCUAAAUAUAACAGCAUAUGUUUCCCUGUCUUCUAAUAAUAUAAGUCAUGAUUAUUGAAUAGGUGUUGGGAAAGCCACCUAUGCGUUGUAUUUUUUUCCUCGGCUUUGGUGCACAGCAGUCUACAUCAGUCAUCUGUCAACUAAAAUGCCUUUUUGUGUUGAAGAUUUCGUAGCUGCAACUUUUACGCCUAUGAAAGAAAAUGGGUGAGGUCUAAUUUUAUUCUCACUUCGUAUCAUUUACUAGCUUAAAUGAUUCUUUUUAAGUCUUAUUUUACUAUCUUUUGUUGCUGCUAUAUAGGCCUACUAAGCCUACUAUAUACCCCUACCGCCUUGAGUCUUAAGCAAUAGUCUACACUUAACUAAUAAUAAUAAUAGUGUAAGUGUAGUAUGUGUAGUGCAGUCCAAUACAAUUUUUUUUAAAAUUUCAUUUAAUCAUUUCCGUAGACUCGUAGACUGUAGACAAUAGUGUAGACCGUAUAGACUUGUAGCGAAGACUCUGUAGCCGUAGCUCUAAUUAGUAGCAUAUAAUUAGUAGCAUAUGCCUAUAAUUAAUUAGUAGCUUAUAAUUAGUAGGUGUGUCAAAAAUAAUUAUAAUUAAGUAAUAAAAUAAUAAAUUAAUAAUAAAAAAUUAUAAUAUUUUAGAACAUAGACUUAGACGAAUUAGUAAAAUAGUAGAACUAGAAUCGACUGUAACUGUAGCAAGUUAUUUUGUUUUCUAAUAUUUAGGCCUAUAGCCUAUAGGCUAUAACUAUAGGCCUACUAUAUUUUAAUUUAAAUUUUCAUUCAUCAUGCAUUGUUUUAUAAUGUAAACUACUAACUUAAUUUUAAGUAGGCAAAUUUUAGCUUAUUACUAUUACUUAUUAUACACUUUAUGAUUUAUGUUUUAAUUAAAUUUACCAACUAAUAAAUUAUUUCAUAGUCAAGCAAUAAAUCAUAACACAUAUUAUGACUUAUGACAUAUGAAUAUGAUGAUGUUUAAGAAUAAAGUCUCAUUUUAAAUUUUGUCUUAGAAUUAAAAGACAGUUUGUUCAAACAAAAAAAUAAAAAAUAACUAUAAUGACUGUAUCAAUAUGCAUGAAAUAUGGAUUUCAUUUUUAGUAGAUUUCAUCAAAAUUAGUUGUACAAUCUCAUUUCAUUACAUUAGCAAUAUGCAUAUGAGUAUGAGGAAUCGCACCUGAGAGACUAAUAUUACUUUUAUUUUCCUAAAAGAAAUGUAAACCUUGAAGCUAUUGAUGGCUACCAGAAGUUUCUAACAGAGCAAGAGAUCAAGCUUGUUUAUGGUAACACAAUUACAAUUCUUUUACAUUUUUUAUACUAAAUAUAGUUAACCAUCAUCACCACCAGUAACAGAAACAUUGCAAAUCCCAUCUACAUGCAUAGGAGCCAAAAUGAUCAAUAAAUUGAUCGUGGGCCCUUAAGAUAUAGAAGAAGAAGUUAAGUAUACUUUAUCUAAUUUGAAAAGAGUUUGUUAUUCUCAGUCACAUUGACCUAGACACUGCUGAAAGUAUACAGUCCUAUGUUCUAAAUUUACAGUGUGUAUUAAAAAUCAAAUUUUUCUUUGCAAAAAAAAAAAAGAGUAAACACCAUUCUUUUUAAAACAGCAGUGCAUAUAAAACAACAUCACUAACCUCAACCCCCUUCCCCCCAGUCAACUAUAGCACUGUUUGUUAUCACAUUUAUUAAUCAGCACAUUAUUCUCUAUUAUGAAUUUCUUCAAUCAUAAUUAUGGCCAUAUUUCAAAUAUUAAGUAUGAUGGGUGUUAUGGCAUGUGUGUAGGCCUAAUUGUAGCAUAGUGGCCACCACCACUUGUCUCCCCAUGCUUUGUUUUUUAUAUUAACCCGCCACUGUGACACUCCUUUUAUCCACUCCUUCCUUGAUUGGACAAAGGUUGUUAACAUUCAAUAAAUAUGUUCUAUUUAUUCUAAAGAAUGAUAUCAGGUGAUGCUAUUACCAGAAUUUCUUUUUCUCAAUGGUUCUGAUUUAAUCUAUCUGUCUAUCUCUCUGAACUGUUGCUUCCUUACAUCCCCACAAGACAACUACGCUCUUCAACUGACAAUAGAACCCUCUCAAUCCCAAAAACCAAAACUAAGACCAUCGGUGAACGCUCCUUCUACUUCCAUGCGCUCACGUUCUGGAAACAGCUCCCUUUCCACAUCCGUCAUUGUGAAACCUCGUCCACUUUCAAAAAGUCAAUUAAAACUCAUCUGUUUAGGUCUGCCUAUGACCUGUGAUGCACCCUCCUUAUACUGCCUCAUUUUCUGUCUCGGGUUGAUCCUGUAUUUAAGUAUAUGCCAAAACGUGCCAAGUGUACUUGUUUUUAUAGCCAUUUUAAUGUUUUAGCUACUGUUUUUAUUGUAAUUUUUCACAUUGUAGUUACUAUUCUAGUGUUUCUGGUUUUUCAUUUUUAUUUUACUUAAGCAGUUUAAAUAGUUUACAUAUUUUUAAUAAUUGUAAAGCGCUUAGAGCUGUAAGGUAAGCGCUAUACAAAAAUGCCUAAAUAAUAAUAAUAAUAAUCCCUAUCUAAAGGCUCACAGCUUUCCUAGUCGGAGAGAUUUUUUCCUAAUUUUCCAAGACAUUUAUAAAAUUGCAAGAGUAUACUCUUUUAUGCGUAAUUAAUUAUUGUAUAUUUCAAGGAUUGUACCUUUUCACUUGAUGUACUGUAAGCUGAUAUAGUUUUUGCUUCUGUAUCUUUGUAUUUUUAUAGAAGUUUUAUAUUUUUAGUAUCACUAGCUUUGGUGUAAUUUUUCUUUGUACACUGGUUUUCAGUCCUGGUUUUACAUAUUGUUAAUUCUAUGAGCCAAAUAUUAAAUUUUCGAAAACAACCAAACAUUGGUACUAACAAUUGGAUCAAAAUAACCACCUAAAGACCUGUCAACCACAGAUAGAAUUUUGGACAUAAUCCAUGAUCUUAAAACAAAAAGUGCAGCCCCUGAUUGUCUUGUUAUGGGGAACUUAAACAUUAGUCACUAAAUAUAUCAGUGGCAACGUACACUCAGUAUGCCAUUUGCCAUCCACGGCAAGAUUGAACUCCAGAGUUAGUUGUGUUAUGAAAAUAUAAAUAACAGACCACCAGAGGCGUAGCGUGGUGGGGGCAGGGGGGGACAGAUGUCCCCGGGCGCCAGCUAGACAGGGGCGUCAAAAUGUCCUUUGAUAUUAUUUUAUUGAUGAAAAUAAUGGGUUUGAGAGUUGAAAAAAAGAAAAAGGGGCGCUAAAAAUGGAUCUUGUCGCCGGGCGCGAAUCUUGUCCCCGGGCACCAAACACCCUCGCUACGCCACUGCAGACCACACAUCUCAUUCCCCAUGGAGAAUCUAACCACACAAUGGUUCACCUAACACCUUGCAACAAACAAAGUUUGGUUUAAUUUGUCUUGCUGAAAAUGGAUAUUGACGAUGCAAUCAACACAUGUAUCCAUUCAUUUGGAUCAAUAAAAGAAUAUCUUAUUUUAUGAGAUUACAUGAAAACAGAAUAAUGAUAACUUAACACUUUCUAAUGUCAUCUAGCCUAGAAUUAUUGUUGUACAGAGACCCAGGCCACCUCUAAGGGACCCUGACUAUCUAUAGUAAUAUAUAUAGUGAAUAUCUUGUUUGAACCUAGUGAAUGGCUCAACAGCAGAGGGGACGUCACUCACAACAGAAGAGAGAAAACAAAUCGCGGAGAAAUGGGUUACAUUAUCACAGAUACCUGGAAGGUUUGUUCCUUAAAUGCUUUGUCAAACCAGAACUAUCAAAAUAAAUUUUAAUGAAAUAGAAGAAUUUUCUGAAGAGAAAUAAAUUAUUUUUGUUGCAUUAUAUUUAUAAUUUUUACAAUUUAAUUUGAAGUGUGACAUAUGUUUAAUAUAGUAACUUCUAUGUGCCCAACCAUCAAUGUUCAACCAUUUAUGUUUAAUUGGACUAUCAUCUGUUAGGCUACAACUGUUAGGUUUGAUGUAACGUGGAAUAAUUUUGUUACUUGGGAUCUGGAUAAAGUUAUAAUUUUUUAAAAUUCAAAUAGAGAGAUGAAAGUUCUUAUUCAAGUUGGUGGAACAAAUUUUAAAGAAACAAUUGAACUGGUGGGUACCUUUUUCAACGUUAAAAACUCUCUAGCUUCAUAAUCAGUUUUCUGUUAUGAAUUAUGCACAUACUUACUUUCGAGCAAUUUUAUGUUUGUAAAAGUUAAGAACAAGCAAAGCAGCAACAUAAUUUAUUUUAAAUAUUUAGAUUUCAGAUCCAUGAAUAUUUUACUUUAAUAGAAUAAAGUUUGAAAAAUCUUCUGGCUUGAUUAAAGUUUGUGUAUUUUGUCUUCUCCUCUUAAAAGACAGAACAUGCUGCAGCUAUUGGAGCUGACGCUAUUUCCACACUAGCACCUCUCUACUUUACACCCAACAGUGUUGGUAUGUUUUAUCUAUUUCUUUAAAAAAUCAGAAACCAAGAAAUGGAGGUGGUUGAUUUUUAAAUCCCCCUCUUUUUAUAAUGUUAACAUUCUAUUUAAAAUAAGUUUAAAGAGCCCUGUGGUUAAAUUAAUAAAAUCGCUUUUAGAUAUGCUGUUACAUUGCUUAGGUGACACAUUAUCAUCAUUUUCUUUUUAUUGAGAUACAAUCCCAAAGAUUACUUACUCCUACCUAACACUCUGAUCCUCAUUGUGAUCCAUGUCAGCUGCCUACCUAACACUCUGACCCUCAUUGUGAUCCAUGUCAACUGCCUGCCUAACACUCUGACCCUCAUUGUGAUCCAUGUCAACUGCCUACCUAACACUCUGACCCUCAUUGUGAUCCAUGUCAACUGCCUGCCUAACACUCUGACCCUCAUUGUGAUCCAUGUCAACUGCCUGCCUAACACUCUGACCCUCAUUGUGAUCCAUGUCAACUGCCUGCCUAACACUCUGACCCUCAUUGUGAUCCAUGUCAACUUGCCACCUAACACUCUGACCCUCAUUGUGUUUCACGUCAGUGUCUGCCUUUUAACACUUUUUUUUUUUUCACAACUGUGUUGAUCCCUGCUUCUUUUUCAUAUUAUAUUAUAUUCCAUGGUUGUAUAUAUAAGCCUGAAAAUUUAAAUACUUUUUGUGUUUUUAUGUCACGCUCCUCUGUUACCAAGAAUGGUAAAUAACAAUAAUUUUUUAUAAAAAGAGAUUAUUUUUAAAAAAAUGAUUGUUUUACUUACGGCAAGAGUGAAUCUUAAAGAAAGUAAAAAGUGUGACUUUGUAUUCUGUCAAGAUGAUCUGGUAGAAUAUUGCAAAAGAGUGGCUGAUAAGGCACCAAAUCUACCUCUGUAUUACUACCAUAUUCCAGAUCGAACUGGUGUCAGGUGUGAGUACCAUAUUUAAUUUAUUUCUCAUUUAGCCUUUAGUUUGCUCUCUAUAGUAACUUAUGAAAAAAAUAUCUUUGAAGAAUGUGUGUGUAUUAUUUAUGACAAUGUGUUAAUAAUAUACAAGCAUUCUUCAAUGACCUCAAGUGUUACAAUUUAAGGCAGAGAUUUUUCAUCCUAGCUUUUUAAACAAUUCAUCAUGUUGGCCAAAACCAGGACAGUUAUUUUACUCAAAUUAGUUAAUAGUUUUUAAUUGAUAUAUUGUAUAAGCUAUUUAAAUAACAGAGAAUUAUCCAAUUUUUUAGUUGACAUGGAACAGUUCCUCAACAAAAGUAGAAAUGUUAUUCCAAAUCUCAGGGGCAUAAAAUUUUCAAGUAAAGACCUUUAUGAAGGCUGCAGAUGUUUAAGGACUCUUGAUGCCAAUGGGGAUAACUAUGAUUUGCUUUUUGGAUGUGAUGAGGUAAUGACAUAAGUAAAAAACAAUACUAAUUAUUUUUUUUUAAAUCACAUUUUAUUUCAUGCAGGUGAAAACUAAGUCAAGUGAAAGUUUAUUUUAAAAGUGUAUAAACUUGAUUUUUAAUACUGUUUACAGUGGUUCUCAACCUGGACUAGAACUAAAAUUUGAUAUGAGGUUUACAGUUUUAAACCAGAAUACUAUUGGUCAGGGUGCUCGCACCCUCAGUAAGGUGGCUUUCAGUGGGUGUGAGGAAAAGGGGGGUUGUGAGAGCAGAGGAGAUAUUUGCUUUUAAUGUGUUCUGAAUGUUUAUAUUUUUUAAACAUUUCAUUUGUAAUAUUUUCCUUUGGGGGCCAUACUUAAAGGACAUCACACUUCUGGGAAAACCGGAAAAAGGAAAAAUGGGGGGGGGGGGGGGGGUUUUUUCUAAUUCACAAUUGACGGUGUGUGUGUGUAUGUGUGUGUGUGGGGGGGGGGGGAUUAUUUUAAAAAAUAGGCCAAUAGAGUGUGAUGUCAUUUAUGGAUGGCCCCUUAUGUAAUAAGACAUAGAAACAGUGUGGAAAAACUGUUUGGAGUUUGAUGUUAUAAACAAGGUUAUCAACACCUGAGUUAAAAUAUUAUUUUUUAAAAAAGCUCAGACCCUGGUUCAUAUUGAAGCAGCAAAAGAAAAUGGUGAAACUAAUCUCUAAAAUAUUACAUCUAAUUUUCUUUAUUCCAGCAAGUGAUAUCAGCAUUCGCCAUAGGUUUCAAAGGAGCAAUAGGCUCCACCUACUCAUUGAUACCUCGUGUCUAUCAUAAACUGAAACAAGCUUUAAAAGAGGGACGGUUAGAUGAUGCCAGGCGGUAUCAAUACAAGAGUGUCGAUUUAGUCAAAGUUUGCUUUGAAUUCGGUGAGUAAAAUACUGUUUAUAUAAAAAAUUCUACAGGCUGAUUAUUUAAGAUUUAAAAAAAAACAAAAACUUUUGCGAUCAAUUUUCCAAAAUAGGAAAAACAUCAAUAUCAGAUUUUUCUCAACAAAAUUAAAAAUUUUAAAAUGACAUUCAUUUGACAGGUUCUGUUACCGGUGGUCUGCUCCCAGCCAUGAAAGUUGUUCUAACGAAGCUGGGUGUUGAUAUAGGCCCGCCACGGUAUCCCAUGGUACCACUGGAUGAUGCAACCCAAAAGCAGCUGGUUGAAAGACUUCAAGAGAUUGGGUUCUUUGAUUGGUGGUCGGGAAAGGAGGAACAGCAGUAAAAUAUCUGUCACCAGCUUGUUAACAUUUAUGUAAGGAUCCAGUUGUUGCACACAAACAAUAUGCCAUGAAGAGUAUUCAUUUGUAUAAUAUUCUUAAGUAAAUAGAAAAUUAAAAUGACUAUACAUUUAAUUGCGAAAGCGUUUGUCUGAAUUUGUCAAACAAGGGACAAUUAAUUUCCCUCACCUCAG